AUGGCCGAUGUCUCUGUCGCCAGCAGUCCCACCCCAAGCCCUCAAACGCUCGAGCACCCUUCUCUGUACUUCGCAGACGGCGACAUAGCACUCUCUGCCCGCGAAUCGGACAUGCUGACAUACAUCUUUCGUGUGCAUCGGCUGUUCCUAUCGCACUACGCGGUAGGCCUGCGAGGCAUGAUAGCCGCGGCUACUGGUGGAGACGCCAUCGAGGAAUACGACUGUGUCCCUCUAGUGCGGAUGCCAGAAGAGGACUGUGCGGAGGAUGUUGCACGCUUAAUUGAAGUUAUAUAUGACAUCUCUUCCUUGCCUCGCAGACUAGCGGCAGGCAGACGCGCGGACUCCCCUCUACUCCUAUCAGGUCUGCUCGACAUCUCAGACAAGUACAAGAUUCCUGGUAUCGUGUCGGUCAUCAAGGAGCAUGUCCGCAAGGAAUGGCCCACAACGCUGGCGGGUUGGGAGAUACGGCAAAUAGAGCUCCAAUCUACCGCUACGCACGACAUCUUACCAGAACCCGUCUCCGCGAUCCAGUUUGCGACCGCCUACGAUAUUCCUUCCAUACUCCCCGCCGCAUUUUAUCAUCUCGCUGUGCUCCCCACGAAGCGUGACUGGCACGAUGUCCCAGAGCGGCCCAGCCUGCCAGCGCAGUCGUACCCAGUGGCGAACUCGCACGCCGCUCGGUGGUUCUCACUCGACGAUUGCAACGCGGUCCGCUUCACCAAGGGCCGCGACGCAAUGCUCGAGUACUACUUUGCGCACUUUGCCGACAACAUGGUGCCCGUGACUGACGCAUACGGCCGCCGCGAUACGGGCUGCAUCUGCAAGUUCGAGUCCCUCCAGACCGAGAUGCAGUGCGCGGGCGUAUGUCAGAACCUCGACUGCUUGCAGGAGCUGAAGCGGCUGAUCGAGCGAUGCGACCAUGCGCACGGGUUUUGCGGCCGGUGUGUUACGCGCGUUCGUCAGAAUUUCGCGAAGCUCCGCGCGGAUAUCUGGAAUAGGCUGCCCUAA